AUGACUUCACCACCGAGCUCACCGUCUCAUUUGCAUGUCCGAAAGUUGAGCACCACGAAUGAGGAUGAGGCGAAAACGACUUCGGCUUGCCCCCGAAAACCGGGUAGAAAGCUCGUGGCACUAUCCGGAGAAGAAGAUAUCAUGAGCGGAGGACCACCACCAGUUCAACAACCAAAGAGAUUCCGUAACGGGCAUGCUUCGUUCCGUCUUCGGAUGCUCCAGGAGCAACAUGGUCCUGCUAGUGGAACUACCACACAAUCUGGAUCUGGAUUUGAGCCGGCGGAAAAGCAUAAGCUCAAACCUCAAUCUGUGCCCACAUCACCUGCAGCAUCCGGACGAGGAGAAUCGUCGUUAUCUCCACUUGAUUCGGCACUACAAGGAUUGAAGAUGAAAAAACCAUCAGUAUCAAAAAGUUCAUCUCCUCCUGGAACUCCAUCAAAAGAUCAUCGUGAUUCUUUUAGAGAUUCCUUUAAGAAAUCAUUAUUUCGUACAAGUUCGGAUAAAAGGAAGCCAACAACUUCAGCAGCGGGAGAUAUUGAGCAAGGACAUGGAAGUCAUCAUGGACAUGGAGAACAUGCUGAGAAUCCAGCUAUCAGAGCAGUUCGACAGUUCAAAUCCGCGCAUGAAUCCUUCCGCCUCCGCAUGUUCCAGGAGCAACAUGGAUUUGAGCCGGUAGUCUUCAUGACCAAGAAACGGACAAGAGACAACAAAUCCGUCAUGAGUGAGUUCAAAGGUGGAGAUCUCAAUAAGUACACCGCUAAGACUUAUGCCAUUCAAAAUGGAAACGAAGUAUUUGGAGGUUAG